AUGUAAAAUUCAUUAUUAUUAAUUCAAACUGUUUUAAAGAUUACUAUGGGAUGCAAUCUAUAGAAAUAAAAGAAUAAGUAACCAACUGUUGGAUUAUCAGUAUUUAUAUUUAAAAUAAGCAUAGAUCUAACAAACAGAAUUACAAUUCAAUGAAUAAAUUUAAACUCCAGAUACCAUGGAUAUGUCUAGUCUUAAAUAACAAAAUAUUAUAGUCUUAAAGAAACUGCUUGCUUCUUCAAGUCUGAAUAUUGAACAAAUCGUUAAACCUCCAUUAAAAAAAUACUCACAUUCCACCUUAAGUAGAAGCAGAAGAUAAUGA